GUCUACCGAAAAAGUUGUCUAAAUCUGUAUUUUAAAGUGAAGCAGGCACCAAAAGCGUAAGCAACCAUGGGUCGCCGUUCGAUCAACACCACGAAGAGUGGGAAGUACAUGAACCCCACGGAUCAGGCCCGAAAAGAAGCGCGCAAGAAGGAGUUGAAGAAAAACAAAAAACAACGGCAAAUGGUCCGCGCCGCGGUUCUCAAAGGCAAGGACCCGGCACAGCUGAUCGAGGAGAUGGAAAAGAUCGACGAGAUGGAGUUCAACGUGUACCAACCGUCCCCGCUAAACGAGAAGGUGCUCAAAGAGAAGCGCAAAAAGCUAAAGGAAACGCUCGACCGGGUGAUGCGGCUGUAUCAGGCGGACGAUCCGGAACUGUGGGCCGACCUGAAAAGGAAGGAAGUGGACUACGAAAAGCGCCGGAAUAAACGGAUCCAGUACUACGAAAGUGUCCGCCACGCGGAGCAAGUGCAGGUGGACGAUAUUCCGCUCCCCUCGUCCACCGAUACUCCGACACCGCUGUCCAUCCCGCGAAUACCGAUGCCGCCGAACGUACUUCCUCCGAAUAUCGCCCCACCCCUGCGGAUGGCUCCUCCACCGGUGCCAUUGCUAAAGAAACCGAUUGACAACCCGCUCGAACCCUCGGAACCGGUCGAUGACGACGAUGGUAUACCGGGCUGUCCGCCCGGUCCACCACCGGAUCUGUUCGAUAUGCCCGAGUUGGACUACGAUCUGGACAAGUUCCACGAGGAAACCGCAAAGAGUGUUAAAUUCUACGACGAUGCUGAUUCCAAGGAUCACUCGGAGGAAUCGGACGGUGGUGAGAAGCAGGUGAAGCAACCGAACACGGUCCAACAGAAAAUGCUCGCCCUUUCCGGCCAGAACAUUGACGAUUUCAUGAAAGAGAUGGAAAGCGUGCAGAAAAAGAAGGAACAAUCGACACCGGCCGAUGUGCCGUCGCUUGCUUCGAUUCCGACGCCUUCGUCUGCACCACCGCCACUUCCCAAUCCUGCCCCUCCUCCAGAUGCUGCCAUGCCAAAAUUCAUGCCAAUGCCACCCUCUUCGAUCCCCCUCCCCGGUCCACCGGGUCCAAUGCAGCCGCUGAUGAUCAGACCACCUCCGUUGCGACCACCGGGUAUGUCGGGUCUACCCGCCGGUCUCCGAAUGCCCGGUCGUCCCGGAAUUCCAGGUGGACCACCACCGGGUCUACCGCCUCGCAUGGGCAUCCGUAUGCCACCUGGCCCUCCAGCUGGACCUCCGCCGAAACACAUCCAGCAGCAGCGUAGCAUGCAGCUGCAUCAUCAGCAAACCCAACAGCAACUGCUGCAACAGAAAGAUCCCAAAAGUGCAACCAUCUCGGCGAAACCGCAGAUCCGUAAUCUCAGCGCGGACGUCACACGAUUCCUGCCGAGUGCCCUGCGAGCGAAGAAGGACGAGGUGCGGAAAGCAAAACCACCGGCGAGACCGGUGCAUGAUCAGCACGAUCACCGGACGGUGCCGGCGGACGCCUCAAAGCCCACGAAGGACGACGCUUACCUACAGUUUAUGCGCGAAAUGGAAGAUUUACUUUGAGAACCAUAAGCCUAAGGAUAGCGUUUCAAUAAUCUUUUGUCACUUGUAUGUUAGCGCUAGUAAUAAACCUUAAGA